AUGGAAGGCAGCAUGUCGGAAUACUGGCUCCAUCUAAAAGGCUUCAAACGGCUGCAAAUUCUCUGCGAUCGCUUACAAUCUCCAAUCCAGAAACUUUGCAAAACAGAACGCUACCUCAAGACUGUGUUCUAUUGUCAAUCCACCCUAUCUCGAUCAACAGACUGUGGUCUGCGCCCACUGCCAUGGCCUUCUCAUCUCCUCGAAAGUGACGUUGCAGACGACAGUAUCGACAAUCACUGCUUGCAGCAUACGUAUGGAGUGACACAUACCCUUCUGCGAUUUAUACAUAAUAUCAAAACGCUUUCUCGGCAUCUCACAUACUAUUCGUUGCAGGGUCUGAGUUUACCGAAUGGAUUAGAGCGGGAGCGGGUGGCUGUGGGUGAAAAGUUGCUCCUUUGGAAUAUCGAGUGUGAAGAAAUUGUGCUUUUUGACCAGAGUGAAGCGGCGCGGUUGACGGCAAAGAUAACAAGGCUUCACGUCCUGGCUUUUUCUUACGCUAUCCAGGUUUUUUAUAUGACGCAUCUUGUCUUGCCGGUUGAUCUAGGCGACCCAACUAAUGAUGAAAUUGCGGUGAAACUUCAACAACAGAUAUCACAGGUGGCAUCUUGCUUGCAAAGGAUUGAGAUCAUCAAGCGGGACAACCCAAGAGUGUUUAGAAAGCCCAUGGCGCCCAUCCUGUGGCCUGGCUACAUUGCUUCUUGUGAAGCAGAGCCUGGGAAUCGGGACCUGUGGUUGGAGUGGUGGGCAGAUAUGCGGAGAUAUCAGAUUGGGAAUAUUCAGCCUCUGUGGAAUGCCGUUCAGGAGACGUGGAAGAGUAGAGAUGAGGAUACAUUCGGCCUUAGUGGAAGGGGUGAAGGCAACAGUCACAACCAGGGCCUUUCGCGUUGCUUGCCAUUAUGGAGGGGCUUUUUACGGGGUAGGCAGGAUAUGAUCUUCGCUCUUUAA